CCUGUUGGAGCGCUACUACGGCACCCACAUCUUGACGACAAUCGGCCCUUGCUUCGUUCUCACGGUCAUCGGCUACCUCACUCAGCUGUUUGGGUCCGAUAACUUUAGCGACCGCAUCAUGGUGACCCUCUCGUGCCUGAUCGUGGUGGCGUCCCUCUUCUCCCAGAUCGCUGCCACCACCCCUCCUUCGGUAACUCCCAAGGCCAUCGACAUCAUCUUCUUCUGCGUGAUAGUCCGGCUUUUCUUAAUCGUCCUGCACCACACCAUUCUCUACCUCCUCCAGAGAUAUGUGCGAAGGAAGGAGGAGGAAGCAGAGGCGCAGGAGAAGAAGGAGGAAGAGGAGGAGGUUCUGGCGGAGGUGAGGGAGGAGCCUGGCGAAGAUUGGGUUCCUGGGCCUGCAUACUACAAGCCCCCUAAAGUGUAUGCCAAUUCGUGGUUCGGAGAGGGCGUGCCUGCGAGACCCGCGACCGCACCGGACCGAAAGACCGUCGUGCCGAAACUGGAACAAGAGAGCGAGUUACAGAACAAAUUGAAGAACAAGAAUAAGAAGAUGACCUGCGACAAGGUGUUCAAUGUUCUUAGCAUUUCUUUUGGUGUUAUUCUUGACACUGCAUUCCUCCUUACUUUUACGUUUGUGAUGCAGGUCAACCACGAGGCGGUUUCAAAUAAACUUAAAAAUUGUUCUGGUUAAUGGUUCCAAGAUGAAGCUGUGCGUUGAUGUAACUUCUCUUGUAAUCCUAUGAUGUUACUCAUUUUAUUAACAUAUGAUUAACUACAAGUUUGAUCACUUUAAGGGUGGGUGAUAUACAACCAAUUUGAUAGGAUUAAUAAAUGUCUGAGUGGUGCAGGAAUAAAUCUUUCGUAAUUAAAUAUCACCCCAUUCAAAAACUAAAUCACUCAAGUUAAGAUGAUCGUAGUAUCUGUAGUAGUAUCCUAGUGUUCUUAAAUGUAUCUUGUCUCAUACAAGCCUUAUAAUUUAGUCUCAUUUCACUCAUAAUUUACUGUUGAGCUGGAGUUACGGAACUGAGCUACUAGUAAAUAUUUUCUAUGUAGAUCACAACGAACUCUACUUAUAAUACCACGAAAAUAGAGACUAACUCAAAAUUUCCACCUACAUUUCCUUGCACCAUAUAUAUAUACUUUUGUCCAUGAGUGUGCAAAGUGACUGUCUCCUUUUUGGAAGAAAAUCAAGAUAUAAGUAUUUAGUAGCAUUCCAUUGUCUUAUUUGCUGAGAAACAAUAAAUGGAUUUCAAAUACCA